AAAUGAUAGGCGAGAGAAGCUCCUUGUUGUAAAUAAACAAAUGGCUUGGAAUUUUCAUUAGAAUUUGGAAAAUUGUCGCGUCAACUUAUCUUGUAGGAUAUAACGAUGAUCCGGCCAAGAUAUCUGUUUUCGAUUCUGUUACUACUAGUCCUAUAUACCUGCUCAGCUCUCGCAAAUGUCGACCCGAAAGCAAAGCAAGAAGUUUCAAAGAAUGGCCAAAAGCGCCUCGAUAUACAUGCAAGCAAAUGGAGAGAAGCUCAAAACGCAAUAAACAGUCUCAUUGACGAAAGCAUAUCAAACGAAGUAGCCAAAGCAAAGAUGGAAGUUAAAGCGUUGUUGGAGAAAAAUAUAGCCAAACAUUUGCAUGAAGCAAGCAGACAAGUCAUGCACAGCAGGUUGUCACAAAAUGAUGAGUUGGAACCAGCUACCGAGUUCGUUGAAGGUUCACGUGCCUGUCAAGACGAGAUUGAAAACUGUGCUGCCUUAGCUGCCUCCGGCGUGUGUGACACGUCGAGAGCAGCAAUGAAGAAACAUUGUGCACGAACAUGUGAGCUGUGUGACGAUGAAGGCGCAGACCUUCCACCGGCUUCACCAGCACAUGGGCAAUCUGCAAAUAGCGACACGUGGACCAUCAUCGGUGCUAAUGGUGAGAGGUUCACGACUUCAAUCAAAGACAUCGAAAGUGGUACACGGAAAGCCUCGAUCACUUCAGCGCAAGUCGAACGCCUCUUGGAUUAUGUCAAGCACAAUGCGCCGCAUUUGAAACUCGAGAAAGUCAAACCAGGCGUACUGAAACUGAUAAAAAUACCGGAUAAGAAGCAACCAACUCCUCAUAAAAUCACACUAAAACCGCAAAAGGAUAAACCCAAGAAGGUCGAGAAACAGAAAGAUAAACCAGAAAAGACCAAACCCAAGGAAGAAAUUCAUCCUGACAACUACUGGAGAUUGAAAGAAGACAAAAACGAGAAGAUUGACUUUAUGCCUAAACAUCCAAAAGCUAAAGGGCCAAUGAUACAUUUCGAUCUCUCUACCAUUGCAAAAGACAAGCCAGGUUCGAUGGCGAAGGCUGUUCAUGUAUACAAGGACGGACCAUCGGAUUCGUUCGCUGUGCAUCAUGCAACAAAAUCUAAAUCAGAAGAGUACUUGAAACACAUUUGUCAUCCCAUGUGUAAAGGACUUGCAUUUCGUCUUGUGCACCUGGAUGUUGUGCUGGUGAACACCAUAAGUCGUUUCCACUGCAUGCUGUGCACCCAAACUCAAGUGCGCAAAUCUCACUGCCAUCCACUAUGCAAGACGAAUUGUCUUUCUUCUUGCCCUCUAAGUUGCUGCAGCCGUAAGGACCGAUUGAAGGAGAAAUGCCAUCCAUUAUGUCGCAAAACAUGUCUGCCGGCGUGUCCGGGUGAAUGUUGUGCGAAGGAUGCAAAGGGACACAGAAUGAUCAUGAAAAGUAGUGACCAAAAAACGAAAGCUGUUGCAAAGGUCGCGACAAGGAAAACUUGCCCUGGAUUGUGUCCAGAUUCUUGUGCUCCGGCCUGCCAUGACGGUUGUUGUAGCUCAAAGAAAAUGACCUUGUCUCGCAGUAAACCGCUGGUACACUCGGUCCCCUCAGGUUGUACAGCGAACUGCGUUUACGAAUGUAUCCCUGGAUGUCCCCCAGCAUGCUGCACGAAGUCCCUUGGUGCACCUGAGGUUUCAAGAUAUACAUAUACACAACCCGAGCCAGAAACUCCCGAUCCUGCUCCGGUUAUGAUUUCAUUUCCGCAGCCAUUUAUUUCGCCGUAUAUCGAACAGCCUCAGAUGAAUCCGCAAGAACAAGCUCAAGCUAUGUACAGUGCGGAGGAACAACUAACAGCCAAGAAUACAAAUUCCGCAAGUGCGGACAGCCAAUCAGUGAACGCCAACGCCGUCAAUCAAAACCAAGGAGAUUCAACAGCUCUUUUCGCGCCAAAACAUUGCCCAUCAUCUUGUCUGACACACUGCAGCCCUGAGUGCGUACGGUCUGAUUGCUGUGAUUUGGAUUAGUUGGCUGCAUGUCAUGCGACGCCGAGAGACAAUAAGUAACAUAAUUUGAGGAGUGUGACUCAGAUAUUAAACUAUGUUAAAAAUUGUAGAUAAAUCAAACGUGUUUAGGUUUCAAUCUGUACCCUAACAAUUAUAGCACAGUAUUGAUUGAAGUUGAAUUAUUGCUGCAAUUCCAAUAACAACGUUCGGGGCAUGCUCAGUUGAAGCUCGAUUAAGACUAUAAAACUCUCUUUACCAUAAAAAGGAACUUACUUUUGGGAAGAUUCAACCUCGCUACUGAAUAGAUUGUUGUUUAAUUUGUGGGUUGCGUCGAAUCAUGUAGGAUUAUCGCCUAUUGCAAGUUUGAAAGUUAUACUUAAAUAACUUUUUAUCCGAAAUUCUAACUCCGUUCACUAUUAAUAUUGAUCGGUUUUCUAAGAAAAAAUAAUCAUAUGAAUACUUAUGACAAGGCUCAUGCAUAUAACACACCAAGCUGUGUAAACGAUAUAAUAUAAUAUAAAACAUACUCCGAAAAUAUAAAACAUCCUGUAAACUUAAGAUGUAAACUGUAGUUCUUAAAAAGACAUGACACAAAAUUCAGGU